UGCAGUAGUUUUAAGAAGACAGCAUUCAAUGAUUACAAAGACACCAGUGAUAAACUAGACAACAGAAUCACAUCUGAAAAACACUCUAAAGAGCUGCAAAAUUCAGUUUACUGCUGACAAACUUCAGAUCCUGGCACCCCUUUUGCCUGACAGCCUUGGGAAAACAACAGAACACAAUGGCUUGGCUAAUCACUCUAAUUUUAGGAUUGCGUCUUCUCCAGCAACCUGCCACUGCACUUGGCUCCAACUCAACACAACUCUCAAACAAAAACAGCCUGAGCGCCAAGACAAAUAAUGAUUUACAACAAAAUCUUCCUUUGUCUCAUCAUGCAAGCUGGAUUGAGGAAGGAGUUGACAGUGGGUUGUCCAAAGACUUGCUUUUACCCCUUUGGCCACAAAGGCUAACACAGGAUAUUGUAAAUGAUGAUGAUGAUGAUGAUGAUGAUGAAGAGAAAGAUAUCAUUUUAGCAAACAAUAACAGUGCCCUUUUACAAACCACAUCCAUAAUGCCUGUUCAGUUGACUAGAAACACACACACCACUGCUUUGAUAAAUAACAAUGAGAGAAUGAACAAAGACCAACCUUUGUUGAUGACCACAAAACCAAUCAUACAGAAGAACACUACAAUAAAUUCUACUACAGACAAUAUGUUUUCAGAGACAUUUACUUCCAGUGACAAAUUCAAUCAUAGCACAUCACUAAAUAAUGUAGAGGUGAACAACAAUGAAGAUGUGAAGACAUUUCAAGAUUCAAAGUAUGUCUCAUCCACACAGAACUUAAGCUCCAUCACAAAGGCUGAAAUGUUGGGACACAAUGGCACCUUUGUGACGCAGUCCGACUUUAUGCAAGAAUCCUUUGAAAAUCUCAGAGUAGGAGAAGAGCAGUAUGUCAGAAACUAUGCGCCUGCAACCACACCCCUUUUACAGAUUGAUAAGGGAAUUAGUGAAGAGGCUGAAAUACCCAUGGAUUCAUCAUCCACAACUCCAUCUGUUAUGCAGGAAAACAGAACCACAAAUCAGAAAACAAAAAAGAAAGAUGAUGAAAUAACAAAAUGGUUUGGCGGUUUGUUUAGACCAUUAACCGAAAGUGACCUGUCAAGUGCCUUUGAUCCAUGCAUACUGGGCCCAUGUGUGGUUUCCUCAAGUGGUAAUGGCACCCGACUACAGUGGGCGGACUUGAAACGGACUCUGACCUUUGCAUGGGAGCUCCAUGUCUUUGGCUCAGCAAUACUUUUCUUGCUGGUAGUGGUAGCUGCAACUUUUGGAGUAUUUGGUGGGGCUUAUUUGCUUCAUCCCUUCUGCGAGGCUUUCACUCUGGCUAAUAUUCUAAUGCUGCUAGCAGGUUUGCUUCGAUUUGUACAGUUAAUAAUUGACCCGUACGGUACCAAAAAUGUUCUGACUCGCCCUGCCCUCACUGCAUUGUAUAAUUUACCUGUUCCCUUAAUGCUUUGGGCCCAAGUCAUCUUGGCACUGCUUGCUCUGAGGAAAGAAAGAUUCAGUCUUCUCCCCACACCUCCCCAAUGGCUCUCAGUGACUGGGGGACUGGCAGGACUUCAUUGUACUUCCCUCCUAAUGGCUGACCUUCUAUCAAAAACCUUGUCGCCAGCAUUGCCUUUAAUGCUGCAUACGCUUACUAUAUGCUGGGGUUUACCACUUUGUUUAGGAAUCUUUUUCCAGUCUCUAAAGCAACUCUGCUUCUCCCAUAGGACCACAGUAUCAAGGUGGAGUGCCCCUAAGCACUUAGAAAACAGUGUCAAGCGUGUGCUGUUGUUGUGUGCUGUACUGGGGGUGCUCUCCUGUGCAUUACAAAUCUAUGGCUUCCUCUGGCUGUAUGGGUUACUUGGUGACUGGCGCAGAUUUGGGUGGGGCUGGUGGCUCGGACAACUCUGGGCACGACUGAUGGAAUUGGCUUGGAGUUUUUCUCUUCUACUGCUGGGAACUCUGGCGUUCUGGAGGCCACAUAGUGGCAACAGGAGAGCAGAGCAAAGUAAGCGGACAGCAAAGAGAGCAGGGCAAGGGAAACUGAUGUCACACUGGAAAAGACUGUUGGAGAGGUUUCCAAUGGGGAUUUGGAGGAGUCCAGAUAGAAAUUGGGCUGAACUGCUGCCAAAUAAUUGGGAAGGGCACAAACAGUCUGGGGCAAAUACCAGCCAUGCAAUCAUCCAAAACCCAGCAACACCAGUCAUGACUGUACACAACAACACUGAAGUUAUUGAUGGAGGUGUCCUUUAUAGCAGCAGUUAUGAUCGUCAUGCCACUUCUCCGUGGACUAGUGGUGUAGAAUGGCAAGAACAAGAGUACUUUCUCUCACUAAUUGAGUUUGACCUUCAUCCCCCCUCUCCUGUCAACAUCGGUCACAGCAUUGACAGUGCUCACCAUCAUUCUCACUUGUUUGGGGUAGGUACCCUUUUCACCCCUUCACCACCCUCCUGGACCACAAAUGACAGCUCAACAGCACCACUCGGGAGUUACAUUUUAUCACCCUCCACCUCAACUAACCAAGCCUACAGCUGGGCUUUAGAUGCUCGCUCAAGCCCCAUCUCCACCCAGCAUUUUAGAACUGCAGUACAACAGACUCAGGUUUCAGUGAUUGAGCCCCUGUCUUCCUUGACUCCAGAGACUAUUAGAAAAGUGUGGGAGAGAGAUUCAGAAAUCCCAAAAGUCACUGGUGAUGAUGAUGAUUGGGCCAGUAUUGCAAGCGAAGAUGACAUCACUAGUUUUUGAACUCUUGAAAAAUGUAGCACUGUAGCACUUUCCAUCUGCAGAAUAGCAGAUGAGAUUCAUGUGCUCUUAAAUAGACAGUGUACACACAUUGAAAAUGUUGUCAUCAUUUACUCACCUUCAUGUUAUUCCAAACAUUUAUGACUCUCUUUCUUCCAUGGAAUACAAAGGAGACAUUAUGCAUAAAGUUAGCCUCAGUCACCAUUUUAGUAAAAAUGAAUGUUGAACAAGGCUAUACUUUCCUUAACAUCUCCUUUUAUGUUCUAUGGAAGAAAGACAAGCCAACAGUACAUGUUUGAAACAAUGAUAGGUAAUUAAAGAAUUAUGUAAUUAGCAAUUCUCUCUCAGCUUAUUUAGAAAGCUGUUUUGAAAACAAAGUUUAUUUUUGUAAUUCCGUUUGGUGGAACUAGUGGCACAGAGUUUAUUUUUUUUAGAGCUUUAAAUCUGUUUAAGGUAUGUAUUUUGAAGCUACCAUAUUUUUCCAAAAUGGAAAAUAAUAGAGAAGCAAAACUGUUGUAACUCUAAGUAACAAUUAUAAAACAUAAAAGUGGAUUAAUAAAGAAUACACAAGA